CCGCACUCCCCGUUUCUCUCUGCCCCAUCAUCCCCUCAAAUGGACGAUAAACUCGCCGUUGCAAUUGCUGCCGCGCCGGAAAAGCAGGUUCUUGUUGAAAUAGUGAAGUUGGCUCAAAAGCAAGGAAGACAGGGCACUAAAGGUAGCUGGAAGGAGUUCCUAAACAUUUAUGAUAGGAAGUUCGGGUCUAGCUUAAGUGACCCGGUGAAGAGGUCACACGAGACUCUGGUUGCUUUUCUACAGACAUUUACUGAGCAGCACGAUUUGAAGUUUUUGGAUUAUGUUCUUCAGUUGCAUUCGAAUCGUGAAGUCUUAGAGCAAAUUAGAAAAGAAUUUCCAGAUAAUGAAUCUCCUGAACAGAGGCUAGUCCGUUUAACUGUUCAACACCCAUUUUACCUGUCAAAGUAUGCAUUCCCAUCAUAUGAUAAGCAGGACUGGGUAGUAACAAAGCUUCCUAAAAAAUCCAAAUUGAUGAGUUCACAUGCAAUUGUUGCUGUUGAUUGUGAGAUGGUUCUUUGUGAAGAUGGUACUGACGCAUUGGUGAGGGUGUGCGUUGUGGAUCACAACUUACAGGUAAAACUUGACGAAAGAGUAAAUCCUUGCAAACCAGUUGCAGAUUAUAGAACCGAGAUUACUGGAGUUGCUGCUGGAGAUUUGGAUGAAUUAUCUUGUUCAUUAGCUGACAUACAAAAAUCUAUGAAGAAGCUAUUACGGAAAGGAACUAUUUUAGUGGGCCAUGGUUUAUAUAAUGACCUGCAGGCACUGAAGUUGGACCAUGGAAGAGUGGUUGACACCUCCUUUAUCUUCAAACGUUUGGAUGGACGCCCGCCCUCUUUAGACACCUUGUGUAAGGCUGUGCUGGGAUAUGAACUUCGCAAAGAAGGUGCUCCUCACAAUUGUGUUGAUGAUGCCUGUGCUGCAAUGAAACUUGUUCUUGCCAAGAUUGAACAUGGAGUUGAUAAUGACAUUCCAUUGAAUCAAGAGGAUGUGUUAGAAACUGAAACGACAAAGCUACUUCUCCACGGUAUACCAAUUGAUGUCCCCAGUAAAGAAUUAAAUGGAGUCUUUCCUGAGAAAUUUACAGUUGAACCCAAGCCGCCUAAGAAAGCUCAUGGAGUGCAGUAUUCUGCACUUGCCAUUUUUAAGAAUUCUCAAGAGGCACAUCAGGCAUUUGAAAACUUGAAUGGGAGGUUAGAAAAGGACAAAAAUGGACUGGAGCAGAAAAUGAUAACAUUUAAACUUGACACAGGAACAACAGCUAGUAUAUAUGUUCGUAAAAUGGCGCAUGAUUAUUCUCUUCAUAAAGGUUCACUUAAAAGGAGAGCUUUUCAAGGUGAGGAUUUAGUUGAUCCCAAGAAAGUAAAGACUGCUGAUUGUGACAAUCACAUGAAAGAGAUUGAAAGAUUAAAGCAAGAACUGAGAGAUAAGGAUUUAAAUCAGUGCGAUAACCACUUGAAAGAGAUUGAAAGAUUGAAGCAAGAUCUAAGUGCGAAAGACUUUCAAAUCUCUGCACAGGAUAAGAUCAUAAGUAAGCUGAAGAAAGAGUUAGAAGAAAUGAAAAGGAAGAGAAAGAGAUAGUAAACUUUGUUGUGAUUUUUUCUUUAUCUUUGAAACAUUAGCACAGAGUUGGAUACAUGGACCAACACCUUCCCUACUGACCAAGGUAUUACUGAUUCACAUAAAUAUUUAUGAAGAACCUAAAACUCUGGAGUGCAUUGUUUAGUCAUCCGGCCAUGAUUACCUAGAUAACGGAAUUCUCUAAUUUUGUUAUGCAAUGUUUGUGUAAUAUUUUUGGAUGAGAUUUAUGCAGCAAGUUGAGGUUAAUUAAUGGCAGCAAAAGCAUUCAGUUUUGAGCUGUUAA